AUGAGGUUCUCAACAACCCUUCUCGCCCUCGCCACGGCGGUCAGCGCGAACCCCCUCAACACCUUCCGCAGUGAGAAGCAAUCACUUGUCCGCCGCGACGAUCUUCAAAUUCCCGGUGAUAACCCCCUCAAGUACUGCGAUGCCGACCGCGGGGACGAUAUCAUCACUAUCGAGAAGGUGGACUUGAGUCCAAACCCACCUGAGGCUGGCACCACCCUCAUCAUCGAGGCCAGCGGCACGGUCAAGGAGACCAUCCUCGAAGGCGCCUACGUCAACCUCCAGGUCAAGUACGGCUACAUCCGCCUCAUUAACACCCAGGCCGAUCUCUGCAAGGAGAUCAAGAACGUCGACCUUGACUGCCCGAUUGAGAAGGGCAAGAUCUCCAUCACCAAGUCUGUUGACCUCCCCAAGGAGAUCCCACCUGGAAAAUACACCGUCGAGGCCGACGUCUACACCGUGGACGACGAACACAUCACCUGCUUGACCGCCACCGUUGUUUUCGGCAAGAAGUCGUUCGGCAACAUCCUUGGUGACUUGUAG